GUGUGAUCAUGACGAGUCCACGCAAUUUGAUUGAGAGACACAGAGGAGAAUGAAUGGUCAUGUAAAGAAUAUGCAUCUUCAACAGCUUGUGGAAAAAGCAGCGACAUUACUCUGCUUCCUGCUGCUCCUGGCUGUUGAUUCAACAAAAACUGUGGCGGCCGGCAGAAACCAGGAGUGUGGCUAUGAUCUGCAACAGACUCUGAGGCUCAGCAGACUGGUCCAUAAGGAAACUGGUAAUCUAAUCAAAAAAUAUAAAGCUUCUGAAGGAGAAAUGGCAGAGCUGUUCUGCAAGGCUUCAGUAAGUGGCAUCCCUGACCCAAACAUCUCUGGGCUGGAGCCCUCAGAGAGGAUAGCAAGCAUCUACACGCAGCUCCAAGUUUUCUCCCCUCAUCUGAAGAGGGUGCACGAGCAGCAAAUGGACUUACAGCCUAAGAGCCCACUGCUAAAUCUAAUCAACAUAGUGAGAGACCAAAGCAGGAGGUUGACUCUUCGCAUAAACAAUAUUUAUCGCAUCUUUUUCCCAAACCUGCCUCUACCGGAGCCGGCGGGUGGACCCACAACACUACCUCCGCCUCAGAACGUCUUCCAGCAGAAGGUCUACGGCUGUGUGGUGCUGACAACCUACAAGAAGCUCCUGACAAACAUUUUUAAAGACAUGAGAACUUUAAAAAGCAAAGUCUGCAGAAGGGCACCAGCAAGUGAAUUCAACUUCUUUAGAUGACCUGAGACUGGCCUUUGGUGGUCAGUUUCCAGCAGCACUUUACUUACUAAGAUGAUGACAGACUUCUAAAAACAUAAGUUACUUUGAAGAUGGCAGUGAUCAGGGUAAUGGAGCAUAUUUAUGGUAUUUAAUAUUUAUUUUCUCAAAGUGUUCCUGGAAAGAGAGAUGUUGCUGAAAGUGUGAUAUCAUUUACAGGCUUGUUGUUAGAUGUUUUGUAAUUUAAUUUUUUUUUUGCUGUAAGUGUAAACUAUUGUCCAUGUCUGGUUACAACAGCAUGCAGAAUUAAAAGAUGCAACACAA